UCAUGUGUCUUCGUUGCAUGCGUCUGUCCCGAAAACGGAGUGCUACGUGCGCUUGGCUUGGCUAGUUCGGAAAGCCUCGAUGCGCUGGUGGAUUGCAAGUUCGCCUGGUCCCGCAUAGCUGCACCUCGGACGCUGCAAUCAAGCGUGCACAUCAGUCAUUCAUCGUUCUUUCAAAGGACAACCGUCCAACUUGCAUCAGCCACAGUCAGCAUGCACAUGUAUGCAGCAGCCCUGCUGGCAUCGGCCGCAGCGCUCGCGCCGUCGACGCGAUUGACGCCGACGCGGCGCAGCAGAAUAUACACCGCCGUCGCCGAGCCCGAGACCACCGAAAAAGCAGUGGAGCCGCCGAAGUGCCCUCUGAACGCCGAGGCGCAACUCCUCGCAGCAAGGGACGCCGUCCUCCGCGCCUCAAAGGACGGCGUGACGCGCCAGCAAUUAAGAACGUUACUGAGGCGAGAUGGCGAGCUCGUGCCGCCCGACGAGACGUGGACGGGCGGGAUCAUGCAGCUCUACGGGGCGUGCCGACCGCUGGCGCGCGACUUAUUAAGGAAGAUCGGCGAGGCGCGAGACGAUAAGCCUUCCUUGCGCGAACAACGACUAGACGUCUCGGGAGUGGACGGCGAAUCCCUACUCGUGGCCGAAGGCGAAUCCGCGCGGAACGACGCGUCGCUCUUCAUCCAGCCUAGUUCAGAAGUCCAGAAGACGAUUGAAAACGUCUGUGCCGCGGCCGGGCCGCGACUCGUGCUCACGCUCAACCCGCAAUUCCGCGACGUCGACGACACGUUAGAUUUUCUCGCAAAAAAAACAGGGUUACUUGGUAGUAUCGGAGGCUUCCUCGGCGGCAAGGCGGCCUUCACGAAUUCCAUGGACUCAUUAGGUUUCGAGGAGACCUUUUCUUUACAAGAAUUCGUCGUGACGGGCACGCAGGUUAGGAUCUUCAAGGCCUAUCCGUUUGGCUGGCGCAUCUUCGCGCUGUCGGAUCGGGACGACGAGCCGGCCAUCUCGCUCGGGUCCUCGGGUGCUGACAGGCCGGACUACAACGUUAUUGCGGAAGUGUUGGAAGCGAACAAGAUCUCGCCCAAAAUAUUCCGCGACGUCGGCCGGGGGAAGGCGCUGGUCCAGGGGGUGAUCGACGUGACGUACGAGGAUAUUGUGGCGGGGCGGUAA